GAUUUCUCAGCUGAUUGAGCGCGCGACCACAAAACUGAAUUUUACAGUUCUGCGCGCGCGACACGGAAACAGUGGACUAUCAUGCUGAUUAUGUUCUACAAAACAACGUGCGUAAUUCUCACAAAAUGAUCCGCCAUUUUCUUCAUGACUGUUCUAUCGUUUAGUUUGAUCGGGAAACUGUAGGCACACACAAAUGAAUUAUUUAACUCUUACCUUUGUGUAAUAUACCAUCAAACACAAGGUAAAUUCUUUGGAUAGAGAUUAGGGAGCUAAAUUUUAAGAAAAUAAUUCUAGCGUUUUAUUGUGGAACAAUUUUAUGCACUGAUUUGUGAACUGAUUGGACAAUCUACAAUUUCAUUUCGAAGGAACAUACCUUCGAUGGAUGGGCCGUAGCACGUUGGUUUAUAUGUAGGAAAUCAGACGAAUAACGUGGAUAUAUCAAACUUGUACUGACAGCGCCAGGACUGUCCGAGACGGAUUCUUUAAUUAUAGAAUUUGAAUUAUGCUCGCAAGUAUUACGUUAUCAAAUUAGAAUCAUUCCUCUUACGUAGUUUUCAAUGCAUAAUCAUUAGUAGGUUCCAAUAGUUUAAAUCUGGAGGGUUACAGAGAACCUCUCAGGCUGUUAUAGAGCGGGUAACUUCUUUGACGUGUUUAAUCUCUUCCAAGAACGAUUUAUAGAGCGCAAAGGUGACUCUGACAAACACGAAAUAUUUGGUCUAGAACGAAGAAGUAUUCAUAGGAUUUGAUUGACAAUUGGGUCCACGGACAUAUCAAAACAUGGCUGAAAGAGCAGCAAAUGAGCCUGCUAGGAUCGAUAAAAACCUUCUGACGGCAGCUUUAGAUGGCUGUGUUGAAGACGUUCAGCAUUUUCUCCGUCAAGGAGCACAGAUUCAUACGUUUGAUAGUAGUGGUUCGACACCUCUUCACUGUGCAUCACGCAAUGGUCACCUCGAUGUAGUUCGGUUCCUCGUUAGUCGAAGAGCACAGGUUGAGAGGGGUGAUAACAACGGUGGGACACCACUUCAUAUUGCGUCAGACAAUGGUCAUCUUGAUGUAUUUAAGUAUCUCAUAAGUAAAAGAGCACAGAUUGAUAAGCAUGAUAAAGAUGAUAUGACGGCUCUUCUCUUUGCAUCAGCUAAAGGUCACCUCGACGUCGUUCAGUACCUCGUUGGUCAAAGCGCACAGGUUGAGGGGAGUAAUAAUAAGGGUAUUACACCACUUCAUAUUGCAUCAAUCAAUGGUCGCCUUGAUGUAGUUCAGUAUCUCGUUAGGCAAGGAGCACAAGUACAGAGGGUUGAUAAUUUUGAUCAGACACCACUUUUUACUGCAUCAGUUAAAGGUCAUGUUGACGUAGUACAGUUCCUCGUUAGUCAAGGAGCACAGGUAAACAGGGCCAGGGUCCAUCAUGCACAGGUUGAGAGGGGCGAUAAGGGUGGUAAGACGCCUCUUCAUGAUGCAUCAAUGUGUGGUCGUCUUGAUGUAGUUAAGUAUCUCAUUGAUAAAGGAGCACAGACUGGCACGUGUGAUAAUGUUGGUCAGACACCUCUUUACUAUGCAUCAAUGUGUGGUCAACUUGAAACAGUUCAGUACCUAGUUGGUCAAGCAGGAGCACAGUUUGAGAGGGGCAAUAAUGAUGGCGAGACCCCACGUCUUGUUGCAUUUCGAAAAGGUCAUCUUGAUGUAGUUCGGUAUCUCAAGAGAGAACAAGCACAGAGGAAAGCAGCAUCACCUGAAGUAUUUUGUUUUCACUUUGAUUUUGAAAUGCCAUUAGGAGAGGAUGUCCAGAAAAAUGAUCCAGUGUCUGUUCAUCAACUGGAAGUAAAGCUUGAUCAAAUCGACAUGGUGGACCUCAAUGUUAAAGACUCCAGUGGGGUUGAAUUUGCGUUCCAUGAGAAGAAUGCAAGGGAGCUUGAAGGCUGUCAUUUGGGUGGAGGCUCUUUUGGGGAGGUCUUCAAGGCUGUACAUAAAGUACAUGGUGAUGUAGCAGUGAAGCUUGCUAAACCUGGUAAAGGAGAUCAAUUAAAGAUGUACCAGAAGGAGGCUCGAAAGCAUGGACUUUCCCUGACAUGUGAUUAUAUUGUCGCCAUCAAAGGGUUUGUGAAGUGUGAAGAGGAUACAUGUCGAUGUGGCCUUCUUGGUAUCGUCACGCAAUACAUGGAGAAUGGAUCUCUCUGGGACUUCCGCAUUAGUGAAUGGCAACAUUCCCCUGAUCUCUGGCCUCUGACCAACAGGAUGGUCUAUCAAAUCUCGUGCGGAAUGCAUUUUCUCCACUCAAAGAAUAUCAUUCACCGGGAUCUGAAGCUGGAGAACGUUCUAGUAGAUGGUGAUCUUCAUGUCAAGAUUGCAGAUCUUGGCCUUGCAACCAAUCUCCAAACUUCAUUUGGUGAUAGGUGUUGGGGCACGGACAGCCACAAGCCUCCAGAAGCUUUUAGAACAGACUUACCCAACUCAACCAAGGUUGUUACUCCAAAGUAUGAUGUCUACAGGUGUUGA